AUGGCGUCUUAUGCGAUGGUAGCGGAUUUUCAUUCAUUGGUUAUCAACAUGACGUUAAGAGUCAUGGUUUUAAAUAAGUGGGUUAAUGUCAGUCCUAGAGGUGUCGAACCGUUAGAUGUUAUUUUCAUCGAAAAAGCAGUAUUCGGAGCUUAUGGCGAAGGAGGACCGGAGGUGAUGAUCGGAGAUGGACCAGAAGGAGAUCGGAGUAAUCGGAUGGCAAAACAAGCAAGACGGAACAGAGCCUUGAGCAAAAGGAAACAGAGUGCUUGA